AUGGCACCUUUAAGAACAAACGAGGCUUCUACAGAAAACAUACCCUCAACAACAGCUCAUGAAUGCACCUUCAAUAACAACAAAUACUGCUUCAACAACAACAGCACUAUCAAAAACAGAAACAGAAGCUUCCACAACCAUAGAGGUGAUCCCCACAACCACACUCAUAUCCUCAUCAAGUACAACUACACCUUCAACAGCAACAAAUGUCACUACAACAACAGCACCGUCAACAAAAGCAGAAGCUUCCACAACCAUAGAGGUGAUCCCUACAACCACACUCAUAUCCUCAUCAAGUACAACUACACCUUCAACAGCAACAAAUGUCACUACAACAACAGCACCGUCAACAAAAACAGAAGCUUCCACCACCAUAGAGGUGAUCCCUACAUCCACACUCAUAUCCUCAUCAAGUACAACUACACCUUCAACAGCAACAAAUGUUGCUUCAACAACAGCACCAUCAACAGAAACAGAAGCUUCCACAACCAUAGAAGUGAUCCCCACAACCACACUCAUAUCUACAACCUACCUAUAACAACAGAAAAUGGCACUCUAACAGAGACACCAUCUUCAAAAAUAACAACUGAAACUUACACAACCACAGCUGUGACCACCACAACCACACACCUAUCAUCACCAACUAUAACUGUACCUUUACCCGCAACAAAUGCUGCUCCAACAAUGUCUCCAACAACUGAAACUUCUACUAUCACAGCCGUGAACCCUACAAUCACUAUAUCAUCAGUAACUGAAUCUACAACAACAAAUCUUGUUCCAACAUCAUUUUCGACUACUGAAGGUUAUGCAACCACAGCUGUGAGCCCCACAACAACUUUUACAUUUUCAGAAACUACAACAACAAAAGCUGCUCAAACUACACCAUUGUCAACAACAAAUGAGGCUUCAACCACCACAGCAGUGAACCCCACAAACAUUCCUGUAUUCUCUAUACCUCAAGCAACAGAAAAUGUUGUUCCAACAACAACUCUACCAUCUUUGCCACAUGAAGUAUCUACUACCACAGCUGUGAGCCCUGCAACCACUCUUAUAUCUUCAGAAUCUAACACAGCACCUGUAACAACAAGUGCUUCACCAGCUGCAACAGCAACAUCUUCAACAACUGAAGCUUCAAGCACCACAUCAGUACACCCCACAACCACGCCUGUAUACUCAGUACCCACAACAACAGAAAAUGCUGCCCCAACAACUCCACUGUCUUCAACAACUGAAAGUACUACUACCACACCUGUGACCCUCAAAACCACUCCUUCACCUCCAAAAACUACAACAACAAAAGCUACUCCAGAAACAACCACCACAGAAAUGCAUGCAUUCUCAGUACCUACAGCAGCAGAAAAUACUGCUCCAACAGAGACACCAUUGUCAACAAUUAAAAGUGAAGCUUAUAAAACUAUAGGUGUGACUCCCACAACCACAAUCAUAUUCUCACCGAUUGCAACUUCUACAUCACAAUCUUCAACAACUAAAGCUUCAACCAUCACAGCAGCGAACCCCACAAAAAUCUCAGAAACAUCAUAUGCUGUGGUGUUUACAAUUAACGUGGUUAACAUCAGCAUGCCAGUGGACCAGCUGCUCAGAAACAAUACCUACCAGGAAGUGCAGGAAAUCAUCAAUACUAUGCUGAACACUCUUCUGAAUGAACCUGGCAGCCCAGCUUUCCAAUCCAAAUUUUCCAACUUCACGAGCGCUACGAACCAGAUUGAUGGCAUGAUGGGUUAUAACUUCAAUGGUGGAGAUGCCCUGCAACCAGUCAGCUUCCUAAAUGAGUUACUUGUGUCAACCACGACAACGGUGCUUCCAGGAACAACAACCAGUUUCUUUGUGACUUCACCAAACCUCAUAUCUGGUUCAGCAGUCGUCAUAGCCAGGCUGGUGUUCAACUCAUCAUCUCCAGUUCCCAGUGAAGAUCUGGUCCUCAGGGCUAUCAACACUCUCCAAAUCUCAGAAACCUCAUAUGCUGUGGUAUUUCAAAUUAAAGUGGUUAACAUCAGCAUGCCAGUGGACCAGGUGCUCAGAAACAAUACCUGCCAGGAAGUGCAGAAAAUCAUUGAUAAUUCGCUGAACACUCUUCUGAAUGAACCUGGCAGCCCAGCUUUCCAAUCCAAGUUUUCCAACUUCACGAGCGCUGCAAACCAGAUUGAUGGCAUGAUGGGUUAUAACUUCAAUGGUGGAGAUGCGCUGCAACCAGUCAGCUUCCUAAAUGAGUUACUUGUGUCAACCACGACAACGGUGCUUCCAGGAACAACAACCAGUUUCUUUGUGACCUCACCAAACCUCAUAUCUGGUUCAGCAGUCGUCAUAGCCAGGCUGGUGUUCAACUCAUCAUCUCCAGUUCCCAGUGAAGAUCUGGUCCUCAGGGCUAUCAACACUCUCCGUAAUUCCAGAGAGUCAAAGCUGAAUGAAUCAGUGAAAGUGGUGAAUGUUACCUAUGAGAUGGGUAACAUCAGCAUGCCAGUGGACCAGGUGCUCAGAAACAAUACCUGCCAGGAAGUGCAGAAAAUCAUCGAUAAUUCGCUGAACACUCUUCUGAAUGAACCUGGCAGCCCAGCUUUCCAAUCCAAAUUUUCCAACUUCACGAGCGCUACAAACCAGAUUGAUGGCAAGAUGGGUUAUAACUUCAAUGGUGGAGAUGCCCUGCAACCAGUCAGCUUCCUAAAUGAGUUACUUGUGUCAACCACGACAACGGUGCUUCCAGAAACAACAACCAGUUUCUUUGUGACUUCACCAAACCUCAUAUCUGGUUCAGCAGUCGUCAUAGCCAGGCUGGUGUUCAACUCAUCAUCUCCAGUUCCCAGUGAAGAUCUGGUCCUCAGGGCUAUCAACACUCUCCUGGGUAACAUCAGCAUGCCAGUGGACCAGGUGCUCAGAAACAAUACCUGCCAGGAAGUGCAGAAAAUCAUCGAUAAUUCGCUGAACACUCUUCUGAAUGAACCUGGCAGCCCAGCUUUCCAAUCCAAAUUUUCCAACUUCACGAGCGCUACAAACCAGAUUGAUGGCAUGAUGGGUUAUAACUUCAAUGGUGGAGAUGCCCUGCAACCAGUCAGCUUCCUAAAUGAGUUACUUGUGUCAACCACGACAACGGUGCUUCCAGGAACAAUAACCAGUUUCUUUGUGACUUCACCAAACCUCAUAUCUGGUUCAGCAGUCGUCAUAGCCAGGCUGGUGUUCAACUCAUCAUCUCCAGUUCCCAGUGAAGAUCUGGUCCUCAGGGCUAUCAACACUCUCCUGGGUAACAUCAGCAUGCCAGUGGACCAGGUGCUCAGAAACAAUACCUGCCAGGAAGUGCAGAAAAUCAUCGAUAAUUCGCUGAACACUCUUCUGAAUGAACCUGGCAGCCCAGCUUUCCAAUCCAAAUUUUCCAACUUCACGAGCGCUACAAACCAGAUUGAUGGCAUGAUGGGUUAUAACUUCAAUGGUGGAGAUGCCCUGCAACCAGUCAGCUUCCUAAAUGAGUUACUUGUGUCAACCACGACAACGGUGCUUCCAGGAACAACAACCAGUUUCUUUGUGACUUCACCAAACCUCAUAUCUGGUUCAGCAGUCGUCAUAGCCAGGCUGGUGUUCAACUCAUCAUCUCCAGUUCCCAGUGAAGAUCUGGUCUUCAGGGCUAUCAACACUCUUCUGGGUAACAUCAGCAUGCCAGUGGACCAGGUGCUCAGAAACAAUACCUGCCAGGAAGUGCAGAAAAUCAUCGAUAAUUCGCUGAACACUCUUCUGAAUGAACCUGGCAGCCCAGCUUUCCAAUCCAAAUUUUCCAACUUCACGAGCGCUGCAAACCAGAUUGAUGGCAUGAUGGUUUAUAACUUCAAUGGUGGAGAUGCGCUGCAACCAGUCAGCUUCCUAAAUGAGUUACUUGUGUCAACCACGACAACGGUGCUUCCAGGAACAACAACCAGUUUCUUUGUGACUUCACCAAACCUCAUAUCUGGUUCAGCAGUCGUCAUAGCCAGGCUGGUGUUCAACUCAUCAUCUCCAGUUCCCAGUGAAGAUCUGGUCUUCAGGGCUAUCAACACUCUUCGUAAUUCCAGAGAGUCAAAGCUGAAUGAAUCACUGAACACUCUUCUGAAUGAACCUGGCAGCCCAGCUUUCCAAUCCAAAUUUUCCAACUUCACGAGCGCUACAAACCAGAUUGAUGGCAAGAUGGGUUAUAACUUCAAUGGUGGAGAUGCCUGCAACCAAUCUGGUUCAGCAGUCGUCAUAGCCAGGCUGGUGUUCAACUCAUCAUCUCCAGUUCCCAGUGAAGAUCUGGUCCUCAGGGCUAUCAACACUCUCCUGGGUAACAUCAGCAUGCCAGUGGACCAGGUGCUCAGAAACAAUACCUGCCAGGAAGUGCAGAAAAUCAUCGAUAAUUUGCUGAACACUCUUCUGAAUGAACCUGGCAGCCCAGCUUUCCAAUCCAAAUUUUCCAACUUCACGAGCGCUACAAACCAGAUUGAUGGCAAGAUGGGUUAUAACUUCAAUGGUGGAGAUGCCCUGCAACCAGUCAGCUUCCUAAAUGAGUUACUUGUGUCAACCACGACAACGGUGCUUCCAGGAACAACAACCAGUUUCUUUGUGACUUCACCAAACCUCAUAUCUGGUUCAGCAGUCGUCAUAGCCAGGCUGGUGUUCAACUCAUCAUCUCCAGUUCCCAGUGAAGAUCUGGUCCUCAGGGCUAUCAACACUCUCCUGGGUAACAUCAGCAUGCCAGUGGACCAGGUGCUCAGAAACAAUACCUGCCAGGAAGUGCAGAAAAUCAUCGAUAAUUCGCUGAACACUCUUCUGAAUGAACCUGGCAGCCCAGCUUUCCAAUCCAAAUUUUCCAACUUCACGAGCGCUACAAACCAGAUUGAUGGCAAGAUGGGUUAUAACUUCAAUGGUGGAGAUGCCCUGCAACCAGUCAGCUUCCUAAAUGAGUUACUUGUGUCAACCACGACAACGGUGCUUCCAGGAACAACAACCAGUUUCUUUGUGACUUCACCAAACCUCAUAUCUGGUUCAGCAGUCGUCAUAGCCAGGCUGGUGUUCAACUCAUCAUCUCCAGUUCCCAGUGAAGAUCUGGUCUUCAGGGCUAUCAACACUCUUCUGGUUAACAUCAGCAUGCCAGUGGACCAGGUGCUCAGAAACAAUACCUGCCAGGAAGUGCAGAAAAUCAUCGAUAAUUUGCUGAACACUCUUCUGAAUGAACCUGGCAGCCCAGCUUUCCAAUCCAAAUUUUCCAACUUCACGAGCGCUACAAACCAGAUUGAUGGCAAGAUGGGUUAUAACUUCAAUGGUGGAGAUGCCCUGCAACCAGUCAGCUUCCUAAAUGAGUUACUUGUGUCAACCACGACAACGGUGCUUCCAGGAACAACAACCAGUUUCUUUGUGACUUCACCAAACCUCAUAUCUGGUUCAGCAGUCGUCAUAGCCAGGCUGGUGUUCAACUCAUCAUCUCCAGUUCCCAGUGAAGAUCUGGUCCUCAGGGCUAUCAACACUCUCCGUAAUUCCAGAGAGUCAAAGCUGAAUGAAUCAGUGAAAGUGGUGAAUGUCACCUAUGAGAAAAUCUCAGAAACCUCAUAUGCUGUGGUAUUUGAAAUUAAAGUGGGUAACAUCAGCAUGCCAGUGGACCAGGUGCUCAGAAACAAUACCUGCCAGGAAGUGCAGAAAAUCAUCGAUAAUUCGCUGAACACUCUUCUGAAUGAACCUGGCAGCCCAGCUUUCCAAUCCAAAUUUUCCAACUUCACGAGCGCUACAAACCAGAUUGAUGGCAAGAUGGGUUAUAACUUCAAUGGUGGAGAUGCCCUGCAACCAGUCAGCUUCCUAAAUGAGUUACUUGUGUCAACCACGACAACGGUGCUUCCAGGAACAACAACCAGUUUCUUUGUGACUUCACCAAACCUCAUAUCUGGUUCAGCAGUCGUCAUAGCCAGGCUGGUGUUCAACUCAUCAUCUCCAGUUCCCAGUGAAGAUCUGGUCCUCAGGGCUAUCAACACUCUCCGUAAUUCCAGAGAGUCAAAGCUGAAUAAAUCAGUGAAAGUGGUGAAUGUCACCUAUGAGAAAAUCUCAGAAACCUCAUAUGCUGUGGUAUUUGAAAUUAAAGUGGGUAACAUCAGCAUGCCAGUGGACCAGGUGCUCAGAAACAAUACCUGCCAGGAAGUGCAGAAAAUCAUCGAUAAUUCGCUGAACACUCUUCUGAAUGAACCUGGCAGCCCAGCUUUCCAAUCCAAAUUUUCCAACUUCACGAGCGCUACAAACCAGAUUGAUGGCAAGAUGGGUUAUAACUUCAAUGGUGGAGAUGCCCUGCAACCAGUCAGCUUCCUAAAUGAGUUACUUGUGUCAACCACGACAACGGUGCUUCCAGGAACAACAACCAGUUUCUUUGUGACUUCACCAAACCUCAUAUCUGGUUCAGCAGUCGUCAUAGCCAGGCUGGUGUUCAACUCAUCAUCUCCAGUUCCCAGUGAAGAUCUAGUCUUCAGGGCUAUCAACACUCUUCGUAAUUCCAGAGAGUCAAAGCUGAAUGAAUCAGUGAAAGUGGUGAAUGUCACCUAUGAGAAAAUCUCAGAAACCUCAUAUGCUGUGGUAUUUGAAAUUAAAGUGGUUAACAUCAGCAUGCCAGUGGACCAGGUGCUCAGAAACAAUACCUGCCAGGAAGUGCAGAAAAUCAUCGAUAAUUCGCUGAACACUCUUCUGAAUGAACCUGGCAGCCCAGCUUUCCAAUCCAAAUUUUCCAACUUCACGAGCGCUACAAACCAGAUUGAUGGCAAGAUGGGUUAUAACUUCAAUGGUGGAGAUGCCCUGCAACCAGUCAGCUUCCUAAAUGAGUUACUUGUGUCAACCACGACAACGGUGCUUCCAGGAACAACAACCAGUUUCUUUGUGACUUCACCAAACCUCAUAUCUGGUUCAGCAGUCGUCAUAGCCAGGCUGGUGUUCAACUCAUCAUCUCCAGUUCCCAGUGAAGAUCUGGUCCUCAGGGCUAUCAACACUCUCCGUAAUUCCAGAGAGUCAAAGCUGAAUGAAUCAGUGAAAGUGGUGAAUGUCACCUAUGAGAAAAUCUCAGAAACCUCAUAUGCUGUGGUAUUUGAAAUUAAAGUGGGUAACAUCAGCAUGCCAGUGGACCAGGUGCUCAGAAACAAUACCUGCCAGGAAGUGCAGAAAAUCAUCGAUAAUUCGCUGAACACUCUUCUGAAUGAACCUGGCAGCCCAGCUUUCCAAUCCAAAUUUUCCAACUUCACGAGCGCUACAAACCAGAUUGAUGGCAAGAUGGGUUAUAACUUCAAUGGUGGAGAUGCCCUGCAACCAGUCAGCUUCCUAAAUGAGUUACUUGUGUCAACCACGACAACGGUGCUUCCAGAAACAACAACCAGUUUCUUUGUGACUUCACCAAACCUCAUAUCUGGUUCAGCAGUCGUCAUAGCCAGGCUGGUGUUCAACUCAUCAUCUCCAGUUCCCAGUGAAGAUCUGGUCCUCAGGGCUAUCAACACUCUCCGUAAUUCCAGAGAGUCAAAGCUGAAUGAAUCAGUGAAAGUGGUGAAUGUCACCUAUGAGAAAAUCUCAGAAACCUCAUAUGCUGUGGUAUUUCAAAUUAAAGUGGUUAACAUCAGCAUGCCAGUGGACCAGGUGCUCAGAAACAAUACCUGCCAGGAAGUGCAGAAAAUCAUCGAUAAUUCGCUGAACACUCUUCUGAAUGAACCUGGCAGCCCAGCUUUCCAAUCCAAAUUUUCCAACUUCACGAGCGCUACAAACCAGAUUGAUGGCAAGAUGGGUUAUAACUUCAAUGGUGGAGAUGCCCUGCAACCAGUCAGCUUCCUAAAUGAGUUACUUGUGUCAACCACGACAACGGUGCUUCCAGGAACAACAACCAGUUUCUUUGUGACUUCACCAAACCUCAUAUCUGGUUCAGCAGUCGUCAUAGCCAGGCUGGUGUUCAACUCAUCAUCUCCAGUUCCCAGUGAAGAUCUGGUCCUCAGGGCUAUCAACACUCUCCGUAAUUCCAGAGAGUCAAAGCUGAAUGAAUCAGUGAAAGUGGUGAAUGUCACCUAUGAGAAAAUCUCAGAAACCUCAUAUGCUGUGGUAUUUGAAAUUAAAGUGGUUAACAUCAGCAUGCCAGUGGACCAGGUGCUCAGAAACAAUACCUGCCAGGAAGUGCAGAAAAUCAUCGAUAAUUCGCUGAACACUCUUCUGAAUGAACCUGGCAGCCCAGCUUUCCAAUCCAAAUUUUCCAACUUCACGAGCGCUACAAACCAGAUUGAUGGCAAGAUGGGUUAUAACUUCAAUGGUGGAGAUGCCCUGCAACCAGUCAGCUUCCUAAAUGAGUUACUUGUGUCAACCACGACAACGGUGCUUCCAGGAACAACAACCAGUUUCUUUGUGACUUCACCAAACCUCAUAUCUGGUUCAGCAGUCGUCAUAGCCAGGCUGGUGUUCAACUCAUCAUCUCCAGUUCCCAGUGAAGAUCUGGUCCUCAGGGCUAUCAACACUCUCCGUAAUUCCAGAGAGUCAAAGCUGAAUGAAUCAGUGAAAGUGGUGAAUGUCACCUAUGAGAAAAUCUCAGAAACCUCAUAUGCUGUGGUAUUUGAAAUUAAAGUGGGUAACAUCAGCAUGCCAGUGGACCAGGUGCUCAGAAACAAUACCUGCCAGGAAGUGCAGAAAAUCAUCGAUAAUUCGCUGAACACUCUUCUGAAUGAACCUGGCAGCCCAGCUUUCCAAUCCAAAUUUUCCAACUUCACGAGCGCUACAAACCAGAUUGAUGGCAUGAUGGGUUAUAACUUCAAUGGUGGAGAUGCCCUGCAACCAGUCAGCUUCCUAAAUGAGUUACUUGUGUCAACCACGACAACGGUGCUUCCAGGAACAAUAACCAGUUUCUUUGUGACUUCACCAAACCUCAUAUCUGGUUCAGCAGUCGUCAUAGCCAGGCUGGUGUUCAACUCAUCAUCUCCAGUUCCCAGUGAAGAUCUGGUCUUCAGGGCUAUCAACACUCUUCGUAAUUCCAGAGAGUCAAAGCUGAAUGAAUCAGUGAAAGUGGUGAAUGUCACCUAUGAGAAAAUCUCAGAAACCUCAUAUGCUGUGGUAUUUGAAAUUAAAGUGGUUAACAUCAGCAUGCCAGUGGACCAGGUGCUCAGAAACAAUACCUGCCAGGAAGUGCAGAAAAUCAUCGAUAAUUCGCUGAACACUCUUCUGAAUGAACCUGGCAGCCCAGCUUUCCAAUCCAAAUUUUCCAACUUCACGAGCGCUGCAAACCAGAUUGAUGGCAUGAUGGGUUAUAACUUCAAUGGUGGAGAUGCCCUGCAACCAGUCAGCUUCCUAAAUGAGUUACUUGUGUCAACCACGACAACGGUGCUUCCAGAAACAACAACCAGUUUCUUUGUGACUUCACCAAACCUCAUAUCUGGUUCAGCAGUCGUCAUAGCCAGGCUGGUGUUCAACUCAUCAUCUCCAGUUCCCAGUGAAGAUCUGGUCCUCAGGGCUAUCAACACUCUUCGUAAUUCCAGAGAGUCAAAGCUGAACGAAUCAGUGAAAGUGGUGAAUGUCACCUAUGAGAAAAUCUCAGAAACCUCAUAUGCUGUGGUGUUUGAAAUUAAAGUGGUUAACAUCAGCAUGCCAGUGGACCAGGUGCUCAGAAACAAUACCUGCCAGGAAGUGCAGAAAAUCAUCGAUAAUUCGCUGAACACUCUUCUGAAUGAACCUGGCAGCCCAGCUUUCCAAUCCAAAUUUUCCAACUUCACGAGCGCUACAAACCAGAUUGAUGGCAAGAUGGGUUAUAACUUCAAUGGUGGAGAUGCCCUGCAACCAGUCAGCUUCCUAAAUGAGUUACUUGUGUCAACCACGACAACGGUGCUUCCAGGAACAACAACCAGUUUCUUUGUGACUUCACCAAACCUCAUAUCUGGUUCAGCAGUCGUCAUAGCCAGGCUGGUGUUCAACUCAUCAUCUCCAGUUCCCAGUGAAGAUCUGGUCCUCAGGGCUAUCAACACUCUCCGUAAUUCCAGAGAGUCAAAGCUGAAUGAAUCAGUGAAAGUGGUGAAUGUCACCUAUGAGAAAAUCUCAGAAACCUCAUAUGCUGUGGUAUUUGAAAUUAAAGUGGGUAACAUCAGCAUGCCAGUGGACCAGGUGCUCAGAAACAAUACCUGCCAGGAAGUGCAGAAAAUCAUCGAUAAUUCGCUGAACACUCUUCUGAAUGAACCUGGCAGCCCAGCUUUCCAAUCCAAAUUUUCCAACUUCACGAGCGCUACAAACCAGAUUGAUGGCAAGAUGGGUUAUAACUUCAAUGGUGGAGAUGCCCUGCAACCAGUCAGCUUCCUAAAUGAGUUACUUGUGUCAACCACGACAACGGUGCUUCCAGGAACAACAACCAGUUUCUUUGUGACUUCACCAAACCUCAUAUCUGGUUCAGCAGUCGUCAUAGCCAGGCUGGUGUUCAACUCAUCAUCUCCAGUUCCCAGUGAAGAUCUGGUCUUCAGGGCUAUCAACACUCUUCGUAAUUCCAGAGAGUCAAAGCUGAAUGAAUCAGUGAAAGUGGUGAAUGUCACCUAUGAGAAAAUCUCAGAAACCUCAUAUGCUGUGGUAUUUGAAAUUAAAGUGGUUAACAUCAGCAUGCCAGUGGACCAGGUGCUCAGAAACAAUACCUGCCAGGAAGUGCAGAAAAUCAUCGAUAAUUCGCUGAACACUCUUCUGAAUGAACCUGGCAGCCCAGCUUUCCAAUCCAAAUUUUCCAACUUCACGAGCGCUACAAACCAGAUUGAUGGCAAGAUGGGUUAUAACUUCAAUGGUGGAGAUGCCCUGCAACCAGUCAGCUUCCUAAAUGAGUUACUUGUGUCAACCACGACAACGGUGCUUCCAGGAACAACAACCAGUUUCUUUGUGACUUCACCAAACCUCAUAUCUGGUUCAGCAGUCGUCAUAGCCAGGCUGGUGUUCAACUCAUCAUCUCCAGUUCCCAGUGAAGAUCUGGUCCUCAGGGCUAUCAACACUCUCCGUAAUUCCAGAGAGUCAAAGCUGAAUGAAUCAGUGAAAGUGGUGAAUGUCACCUAUGAGAAAAUCUCAGAAACCUCAUAUGCUGUGGUAUUUGAAAUUAAAGUGGUUAACAUCAGCAUGCCAGUGGACCAGGUGCUCAGAAACAAUACCUGCCAGGAAGUGCAGAAAAUCAUCGAUAAUUCGCUGAACACUCUUCUGAAUGAACCUGGCAGCCCAGCUUUCCAAUCCAAAUUUUCCAACUUCACGAGCGCUACAAACCAGAUUGAUGGCAAGAUGGGUUAUAACUUCAAUGGUGGAGAUGCCCUGCAACCAGUCAGCUUCCUAAAUGAGUUACUUGUGUCAACCACGACAACGGUGCUUCCAGAAACAACAACCAGUUUCUUUGUGACUUCACCAAACCUCAUAUCUGGUUCAGCAGUGGUCACAGCCAGGCUGGUGUUCAAUUCAUCAUCUCCAGUUCCCAGUGAAGAUCUGGUCCUCAGGGCUAUCAACACUCUCCGUAAAUCCAGAGAGUCAAAGCUGAAUGAAUCAGUGAAAGUGGUGAAUGUCACGUAUGAGAAAAUCUCAGAAACCUCAUAUGCUGUGGUGUUUGAAAUUAAAGUGGUUAACAUCAGCAUGCCAGUGGACCAGGUGCUCAGAAACAAUACCUGCCAGGAAGUGCAGAAAAUCAUCGAUAAUUCGCUGAACACUCUUCUGAAUGAACCUGGCAGCCCAGCUUUCCAAUCCAAAUUUUCCAACUUCACGAGCGCUACAAACCAGAUUGAUGGCAAGAUGGGUUAUAACUUCAAUGGUGGAGAUGCCCUGCAACCAGUCAGCUUCCUAAAUGAGUUACUUGUGUCAACCACGACAACGGUGCUUCCAGGAACAACAACCAGUUUCUUUGUGACUUCACCAAACCUCAUAUCUGGUUCAGCAGUGGUCACAGCCAGGCUGGUGUUCAACUCAUCAUCUCCAGUUCCCAGUGAAGAUCUGGUCCUCAGGGCUAUCAACACUCUUCGUAAUUCCAGAGAGUCAAAGCUGAAUGAAUCAGUGAAAGUGGUGAAUGUCACCUAUGAGAAAAUCUCAGAAACCUCAUAUGCUGUGGUAUUUGAAAUUAAAGUGGUUAACAUCAUCAUGCCAGUGGACCAGGUGCUCAGAAACAAUACCUGCCAGGAAGUGCAGAAAAUCAUCGAUAAUUCGCUGAACACUCUUCUGAAUGAACCUGGCAGCCCAGCUUUCCAAUCCAAAUUUUCCAACUUCACGAGCGCUACAAACCAGAUUGAUGGCAUGAUGGGUUAUAACUUCAAUGGUGGAGAUGCCCUGCAACCAGUCAGCUUCCUAAAUGAGUUACUUGUGUCAACCACGACAACGGUGCUUCCAGGAACAACAACCAGUUUCUUUGUGACUUCACCAAACCUCAUAUCUGGUUCAGCAGUCGUCAUAGCCAGGCUGGUGUUCAACUCAUCAUCUCCAGUUCCCAGUGAAGAUCUGGUCCUCAGGGCUAUCAACACUCUCCGUAAUUCCAGAGAGUCAAAGCUGAAUGAAUCAGUGAAAGUGGUGAAUGUCACCUAUGAGAAAAUCUCAGAAACCUCAUAUGCUGUGGUAUUUGAAAUUAAAGUGGGUAACAUCAGCAUGCCAGUGGACCAGGUGCUCAGAAACAAUACCUGCCAGGAAGUGCAGAAAAUCAUCGAUAAUUCGCUGAACACUCUUCUGAAUGAACCUGGCAGCCCAGCUUUCCAAUCCAAAUUUUCCAACUUCACGAGCGCUGCAAACCAGAUUGAUGGCAUGAUGGUUUAUAACUUCAAUGGUGGAGAUGCGCUGCAACCAGUCAGCUUCCUAAAUGAGUUACUUGUGUCAACCACGACAACGGUGCUUCCAGGAACAACAACCAGUUUCUUUGUGACUUCACCAAACCUCAUAUCUGGUUCAGCAGUCGUCAUAGCCAGGCUGGUGUUCAACUCAUCAUCUCCAGUUCCCAGUGAAGAUCUGGUCCUCAGGGCUAUCAACACUCUCCGUAAUUCCAGAGAGUCAAAGCUGAAUGAAUCAGUGAAAGUGGUGAAUGUCACCUAUGAGAAAAUCUCAGAAACCUCAUAUGCUGUGGUAUUUCAAAUUAAAGUGGUUAACAUCAGCAUGCCAGUGGACCAGGUGCUCAGAAACAAUACCUGCCAGGAAGUGCAGAAAAUCAUCGAUAAUUCGCUGAACACUCUUCUGAAUGAACCUGGCAGCCCAGCUUUCCAAUCCAAAUUUUCCAACUUCACGAGCGCUACAAACCAGAUUGAUGGCAUGAUGGGUUAUAACUUCAAUGGUGGAGAUGCCCUGCAACCAGUCAGCUUCCUAAAUGAGUUACUUGUGUCAACCACGACAACGGUGCUUCCAGGAACAACAACCAUUUUCUUUGUGACUUCACCAAACCUCAUAUCUGGUUCAGCAAUCGUCAUAGCCAGGCUGGUGUUCAACUCAUCAUCUCCAGUUCCCAGUGAAGAUCUGGUCUUCAGGGCUAUCAACACUCUUCGUAAUUCCAGAGAGUCAAAGCUGAAUGAAUCAGUGAAAGUGGUGAAUGUCACCUAUGAGAAAAUCUCAGAAACCUCAUAUGCUGUGGUAUUUCAAAUUAAAGUGGUUAACAUCAGCAUGCCAGUGGACCAGGUGCUGAGAAACAAUACCUGCCAGGAAGUGCAGAAAAUCAUCGAUAAUUCGCUGAACACUCUUCUGAAUGAACCUGGCAGCCCAGCUUUCCAAUCCAAAUUUUCCAACUUCACGAGCGCUGCAAACCAGAUUGAUGGCAUGAUGGGUUAUAACUUCAAUGGUGGAGAUGCGCUGCAACCAGUCAGCUUCCUAAAUAAGUUACUUGUGUCAACCACGACAACGGUGCUUCCAGGAACAACAACCAGUUUCUUUGUGACUUCACCAAACCUCAUGUCUGGUUCAGCAGUCGUCAUAGCCAGGCUGGUGUUCAACUCAUCAUCUCCAGUUCCCAGUGAAGAUCUGGUCCUCAGGGCUAUCAACACUCUCCGUAAUUCCAGAGAGUCAAAGCUGAAUGAAUCAGUGAAAGUGGUGAAUGUCACCUAUGAGAAAAUCUCAGAAACCUCAUAUGCUGUGGUAUUUGAAAUUAAAGUGGGUAACAUCAGCAUGCCAGUGGACCAGGUGCUCAGAAACAAUACCUGCCAGGAAGUGCAGAAAAUCAUCGAUAAUUCGCUGAACACUCUUCUGAAUGAACCUGGCAGCCCAGCUUUCCAAUCCAAAUUUUCCAACUUCACGAGCGCUACAAACCAGAUUGAUGGCAAGAUGGGUUAUAACUUCAAUGGUGGAGAUGCCCUGCAACCAGUCAGCUUCCUAAAUGAGUUACUUGUGUCAACCACGACAACGGUGCUUCCAGGAACAACAACCAGUUUCUUUGUGACUUCACCAAACCUCAUAUCUGGUUCAGCAGUCGUCAUAGCCAGGCUGGUGUUCAACUCAUCAUCUCCAGUUCCCAGUGAAGAUCUGGUCUUCAGGGCUAUCAACACUCUUCGUAAUUCCAGAGAGUCAAAGCUGAAUGAAUCAGUGAAAGUGGUGAAUGUCACCUAUGAGAAAAUCUCAGAAACCUCAUAUGCUGUGGUAUUUGAAAUUAAAGUGGUUAACAUCAGCAUGCCAGUGGACCAGGUGCUCAGAAACAAUACCUGCCAGGAAGUGCAGAAAAUCAUAGAUAAUUCGCUGAACACUCUUCUGAAUGAACCUGGCAGCCCAGCUUUCCAAUCCAAAUUUUCCAACUUCACGAGCGCUACAAACCAGAUUGAUGGCAAGAUGGGUUAUAACUUCAAUGGUGGAGAUGCCCUGCAACCAGUCAGCUUCCAAAAUGAGUUACUUGUGUCAACCACGACAACGGUGCUUCCAGGAACAACAACCAGUUUCUUUGUGACUUCACCAAACCUCAUAUCUGGUUCAGCAGUCGUCAUAGCCAGGCUGGUGUUCAACUCAUCAUCUCCAGUUCCCAGUGAAGAUCUGGUCCUCAGGGCUAUCAACACUCUCCGUAAUUCCAGAGAGUCAAAGCUGAAUGAAUCAGUGAAAGUGGUGAAUGUCACCUAUGAGAAAAUCUCAGAAACCUCAUAUGCUGUGGUAUUUGAAAUUAAAGUGGGUAACAUCAGCAUGCCAGUGGACCAGGUGCUCAGAAACAAUACCUGCCAGGAAGUGCAGAAAAUCAUCGAUAAUUCGCUGAACACUCUUCUGAAUGAACCUGGCAGCCCAGCUUUCCAAUCCAAAUUUUCCAACUUCACGAGCGCUACAAACCAGAUUGAUGGCAAGAUGGGUUAUAACUUCAAUGGUGGAGAUGCCCUGCAACCAGUCAGCUUCCUAAAUGAGUUACUUGUGUCAACCACGACAACGGUGCUUCCAGGAACAACAACCAGUUUCUUUGUGACUUCACCAAACCUCAUAUCUGGUUCAGCAGUCGUCAUAGCCAGGCUGGUGUUCAACUCAUCAUCUCCAGUUCCCAGUGAAGAUCUGGUCCUCAGGGCUAUCAACACUCUCCGUAAUUCCAGAGAGUCAAAGCUGAAUGAAUCAGUGAAAGUGGUGAAUGUCACCUAUGAGAAAAUCUCAGAAACCUCAUAUGCUGUGGUAUUUGAAAUUAAAGUGGGUAACAUCAGCAUGCCAGUGGACCAGGUGCUCAGAAACAAUACCUGCCAGGAAGUGCAGAAAAUCAUCGAUAAUUCGCUGAACACUCUUCUGAAUGAACCUGGCAGCCCAGCUUUCCAAUCCAAAUUUUCCAACUUCACGAGCGCUACAAACCAGAUUGAUGGCAAGAUGGGUUAUAACUUCAAUGGUGGAGAUGCCCUGCAACCAGUCAGCUUCCUAAAUGAGUUACUUGUGUCAACCACGACAACGGUGCUUCCAGGAACAACAACCAGUUUCUUUUUGACUUCACCAAACCUCAUAUCUGGUUCAGCAGUCGUCAUAGCCAGGCUGGUGUUCAACUCAUCAUCUCCAGUUCCCAGUGAAGAUCUGGUCCUCAGGGCUAUUAACACUCUCCGUAUUUCCAGAGAGUCAAAGCUGAAUGAAUCAGUGAAAGUGGUGAAUGUCACCUAUGAGAAAAUCUCAGAAACCUCAUAUGCUGUGGUAUUUGAAAUUAAAGUGGUUAACAUCAGCAUGCCAGUGGACCAGGUGCUCAGAAACAAUACCUACCAGGAAGUGCAGAAAAUCAUUGAUAAUUCGCUGAACACUCUUCUGAAUGAACCUGGCAGCCCAGCAUUCCAAUCCAAAUUUUCCAACUUCACGAGCGCUACAAACCAGAUUGAUGGCAAGAUGGGUUAUAACUUCAAUGAUGAAGAUGCCAUGCAACCAGUCAGCUUCCUAAAUGAGUUACGUGUGUCAACCACGACAACGGUGCUUCCAGAAACAACAACCAGUUUCUUCGUGACUUCACCAAACCUCAUAUCUGGUUCAGCAGUGGUCACAGCCAGGCUGGUUUUCAACUCAUCAUCUCCAGUUCCCAGUGAAGAUCUGGUCCUCAGGGCUAUCAACACUCUCCGUAAUUCCAGAGAAUCAGACCUGAAUGAAUCAGUGAAAGUGGUGACCUCAUAUGCUGUGGUGUUUGAAAUUAAAAUGGUUAACAUCAGCAUGCCAGUGGACCAGGUGCUCAGAAACAACACCUACCAGGAAGUGCAGAAAAUCAUCAAUAAUUCGCUGAACACUCUUCUGAAUGAACCUGGCAGCCCAGCUUUCCAAUCCAAAUUUUCCAACUUCACGAGCACUAUAAACCAGAUUGAUGGUAAGAUGGGUUAUAACUUCAAUGGUGGAGAUGCCAUUCAACCAGUCAGCUUCCUAAAUAAACUAAUCCCACCGACAGUCUUAACAACAGCCAGUACUCUGACAACUACUCCACUGAUAGUGCGUGGCAAAGCACUUAUAUUCAUUCGCCUCGUGUUUGUCACACUGGCCCCCCUGCCAAAUCCAGAUAAGGUUAUUGAGGUGGCCAACACUCUGCUGAAAACACGUCUGGCAACCAAACAAGAUACCACAACACAAGACCUGAGUGAUUCUGUGAGCUUAGUCAAUGUCACAUAUACAAAAAUCAAUGAGACGGCAUAUGCUCUCAACUUUGGAUUUGAAAUCAGCAAUAUAACUAUGUCUGAAAAAGUUGAACUCAGGAAUGGUACCCAUCUGUUAAUACAAGACUCUAUAAACUCAUUGCUAGGCAAGAUCCUCCUCAGUAACUCUUCAGCUCCUUUCAUUAAGUUCCAAGAAGCUGAUUUCACGGGCAAUUCCACUGUGAUUCAGGCCAAAGUAGAGUAUGUUUUCUCACCAAAUGACUUCAUGCAACCCAGUAUUUUUGUUCAGGAACUUCAACUUGCUGAAGUGAAUGCACUGACAACAAGCACAACUUCACCACCAAUCUUGAUUAGGAAGGCAAUUAUUAAGAUUCGUCUUGACUUUAUCACAUUGGGUCCAAGACCAAGUAAGGAUAAUGUUCUAGAGGUGGUUAAAACAGUGCUGGCUACAAAUCUCACAACUAAACUAACCGUGAAAACAGUAAGCGUGAGUGAUCCUGUGACCUUGGAGAAUGUCGACUAUUUAGCAAUUAAUGACACUGCCUACGCACUCACGUUCGCAUUUGAAAUCAACAAAGUAUCACUGACAGAGUCAAGCAGGAAUGAAGCCUACAAAGUAAUCCAAAAUAAAACAAAUAACUUGGUGACCCAGAUCCUAAAAGACCCCUCAGUUAGUCUGCUCAUUGUUCCUGAUAUCAAUGAUGAUCUCACCGUGAUUGAGGCCAGUGUUACGUAUGUUUUCUCACAAUAUAACAGCAACUCUGCUGCUGGUUUAUUGGUUGGUACCCUUUUCAAGGUUUUUACCACACCAGUUCCAACCGUAACCACUACAAUGUCAAACAACGGUACAAACGCAGCAUGGGUUGUUGCCAUCAUUGUCCCCUGUGCUAUUAUCAUCGGGCUCGUACCUUGCUGGAUUCUCCUUUGCUGUCUGCUGUGUGGGUGCUGUGCAGCAAUCAGAAGACGUUGGCACAGAAGACGGUCGUACAACGUACAGUACACUACACGAAACAGCCUCUUCUAGAUAUAUUCUA